AUGUCUGAGUUGGAUCAAGUGCUUAAAAGUGUUGUCGGAUCUUUGCAGGAGACUUCAAGUUCUAUCACAAAGCUUAAGGAACAAUAUGAGUCCAGUUCUGUGCCAAACAACGAUAAAGUCUCACUUCUUUCUUUGAAGAGUGCAAGCAUGUUGGCAUACGUUAAUGCGCUCACGAUGGUUAUUGGUGAGAAAUUGAGUGGAAACUCAACGGCAGACUCUGGUAGAGAGAAAAGUAUCGAACACAGAAUCGUAUUAGAAAGAGGUGUUAAACCAUUGGAAAAGAAACUAUCUUAUCAAUUGGACAAACUGGUGAGAGCACAUAUGAGAAUGGAAAAGGAAUAUGCAGAUGCUGAGAAAAGAGCUGUAGCACAAGGUGAACGCCGUGAAGAUAAUGACUCAGAUUCAAGUGAUGAUGAAAUGGCUCAGAAACCUCGUGCAUUUGGUGUGUCGAAGAAAGAAGGUGAAGAAGAAGAGGAGGGUGAAUCUGCAGUUUAUCAACCACCAAAGAUUAGUUCUACAUUACCUGUGGAUGAUAGGUUCAGCUCUAAGGACCAUAAGGAUCGUAGCAAUAGAGUUCGUAUGCAGGCAAUGGACGAAUAUUUGAGAGAAGAAUCAGAGAGACCGGAAUGGGAAUCCUCAGUUGGUGCUAAUAUCAUGAACCAUGGUAGAGGUGGUGUUAAAACAUUAAGAGAUGCUGAGAAGGAUCGUGAAGUGGAGAGAUAUGAAGAAGAGAACUUCACUAGAUUAAGAAACACUUCAAAGACGGAUAAACUCAAGGAAAAGAGAAGAGAGAGAAUGAAUCAAGUUAACAUGAUUGGUGGUGAAGACUUCAGCAUCUUUGGUAAUAAACGUAAAUUAGAAAAUAGCACUUCGAAAGGAUCCAAAAGAUCACGUAAUGUUUGGGAAAAAGCAAAGAGGAAGUUGUAA